AUGGAGGACAGAAUACAAUUUGAUAUUAAUGAUUCGCUCAAGUAUUACUUGAGCGAUCCGACUUCCGUCCCCACCCUCGAUGCCGACCCCGAGUUACUCGACUGCGAAUCAGAUCCCGAUCAGCUUUCGACAGCGCUGAUCGAUAAUGUCCUGAACCCGAUCGUAGACGCUGUUGCAGAGAACCCUGAGAGCCUUACCAGGUCAUCAUUCUUUGACUCCUUGCAGUUCUUAUUAAAGUGCGCCCCAAGACCCUCCCAUCUACCCCGGGGAGCUUUGCCCUCACCUGGAACCGACUCUGAUUAUUCGAAACAUCGCAGAUACACAAGCUUCCUCCCGACAAAGUCCCUAAGUAAGGUCCUUGACCUGAUCGUUUCCGGCCUAUCGGUCGAAGCCGACAUCAUCGUUGGCGAUCUCGAAUCCGACGAACAAGAUGCGAUCCAGUCACACAAGCAACUCCUGGAAAUGUACGGAUUCCUUCUCCAGUGGGCUCUAUCCGCUGUGGAGGUGAAAGCCGCAGAGAAACCCGCCGAGGCCGCACCUGCGCGACGUGGUGGCCCGAAAUCGAAGAAAUCGGCCAAAGAUGGAGCUUGGGACUGGACACCGCAAAUCCAAAUAUCGAUGGAAACCAUGUGCAAGGUGAUGAAACUCAAGCUGGGCCGCAUUUUCUUGACUACUUCGGACCGGGACACAUUUAUUAAUCUUUUUACGCGAACAAUCUAUUUGGUUUUGGAGAGCGAGCAGCGGGUGAAGAGUAUGGCUAUUCGCAUGCAUGCCUUCAAGGUUCUAUGCAUUGCGGUCAAGCACCAUGGACAUGCUUUUGGUGCGCAAACAUCGAUUGUGCAGAGCUUAACAUACUUUGAGCACUUGUCAGAGCCCAUGGCCGAAUUCCUUCACAUCUUGGCCGAACAAUAUGACUACCCUCAACUUUCGGAUGAAAUCCUGAAGGAACUUGGAAACAAAGAGUUCAAUUCAAAUGAUACCCGUGGACCGAAAUCGGUUUCUGCUUUCAUCAUUAAGCUCUCCGAACUUACCCCAAGACUAAUCAUCAAACAAAUGACACUCUUGGCUAAACAGCUUGACAGCGAGGCUUAUACACUGCGCUGUGCUGUAAUUGAGGUCUGUGGAAACCUAAUUUCCGACUUGAGCCGUCAGGAAGAGCGAAGUGAGAAUUAUAAGACUCAGAUCAACGCCUUUUUCGACGUACUGGAGGAGCGAUUCCUGGACAUCAACCCUUACUGCCGUUGCCGUGCCAUCCAGGUCUUUAUGCGAAUUUGUGAUUUGGAACAGAAGUUCCCCAAGCGACGACAAGCUGCCGCUGAACUUGCUGCGAGAAGUCUAGAAGACAAGAGCAGUAAUGUUCGUCGUAACGCAAUCAAGCUUUUGUCUAAGCUGGUUGCCACGCAUCCGUUCAGUGUCAUGCACGGCGGCCAACUCGCAUACAAGGAAUGGAAUGACCGACUGGAUGGGGUUGACAGCGAACUCAAUGCUCUGCGACCUGCUGAGACUCCCGGAUUCGACGCGGAAAUGACCCAGAUGAUUCCCCUUCCAAAACCCCCCUCUAAAGCACCCCGAAUGACCGAAGAAGAGAAGGCCACAGCUAUGCAAAAGGCGGCAGAGCAAGCUGCAACAUCUGAGCUUUUGACGCGUCUGCAGCUGACCCGAAAAUACUAUAAUGAGGCUAUUCGCUUCAUUGAGGUGCUCCACACUGGAUCCACGAUUGUUUCUCAGCUACUCUCUUCUCGCAACAAGAGCGAGGUGAUUGAAGCCAUGGACUUCUUUGUAGUCCUUGAUGCAUACAAGGUUGAAACAGCUCGCACUGGUAUUCGUCGCAUGUUGCGCCUGAUCUGGACCAAAGGCAACAGUGAUGAAGGAAAGGGUGUUCAGUCCCAUCUGAUUGAUUGCUACAAGGGUCUCUUUUUCGAUGCCCCAGACUCGUUCAGCCAAAACGAUGCUGCGAACUAUAUUGCACGCAAUAUGAUUAGUUUGACCUUUGGCUCAACCCCUGCCGAGCUUACGUGUCUUGAGCAGCUGCUGAGCACUAUGAUGAAGGCCGGGCAUGUAUCAGAAGCUGUUAUUGCUAAGUUAUGGCAGGUUUAUGGAAUCCAAAAGAAGGAAAUCUCAAAGACCCAGCGUCGCGGUUCUAUCAUCGUUCUGGGUAUGUUGGCUCUCGCUGAUCCCGAGGUGGUCAUCAAAGAGAUCGAAGCGAUGUUGCGCAUUGGACUUGGUGGAUUGGGAAAAUCCGAUCUUGUUCUUGCCAAAUAUACUUGCAUUGCCCUCCGGCGAAUGGUUCCGGGACGACAGGCCAAAUCCAAGGAGGCCGUCGCCAUUCCCAAACUUACCAACGAUCAUUCUGUCUUGAUCAAACUGGGUGCUAUGCUGGAGAUUGUUUCCGAGAGCAAGGAGUGGUAUGGCGUUGCCGAGCAAGCGAUCAGUGCCAUUUACACUCUUUCUAAGCAUCCCGAUACCUUGUGCUCGGAUAUCCUUCGGAGAAAGACUCGGUUUGUGUUCCAGCCUCAUCUCCAGCGGCCUUCGUCUUCACACACUUCUGCCAGUGUUGAAGAACAGCUCCCUGACUCUGCAACCACCGAGGAGCAACAACAACAGCAGCAGCCUUCGAAGUCAAAGCCGUCAUCCGCCGCCCUCUCACAGCUCCUUUAUGUCGUCGGUCACAUUGCUAUUAAGCAGAUCGUGCACCUUGAGCUCUGUGAACUCGACUUCAAACGCCGUAAAGCCGAGCAAGAGAAGACCAAAGCCGUCGAGUCUGCCGGUAAAAAGGACGACGACACCGAUGCCGAUGAACUUGACCUCAUUGGAGGCACCACCGAGGAUGACUUUACCGACGCCAUGGCUCAUAUUCGUGAGCGUGAACUUCUAUACGGAGAGAACUCACUACUCUCCAAAUUCGGACCCCUCGUCGCAGAAAUCUGUGCCAAUAACAACGCCUAUCCAGACCGCGACCUCCAAGCCUCUGCGACGCUGUGUCUGGCCAAGCUCAUGUGUGUCUCUGCCGAGUACUGUGAAAAGAACCUCCCACUUCUGAUCACAAUCAUGGAACGGUCCGAGGAUCCGAUUGUCCGCAGCAACGCCGUCAUCGCCCUGGGCGAUAUGGCUGUCUCUUUCAACCACCUCAUCGACGAAAACACAGACUUCUUGUAUCGCCGACUCAAUGAUGACGAUGCUUCUGUGAAGCGCACCUGUCUGAUGACGCUGACAUUUCUCAUCUUGGCCGGUCAGGUCAAGGUCAAGGGUCAACUUGGUGAAAUGGCGAAGUGUCUCGAGGACGGCGAUAAGAAGAUCGCUGAUCUUGCGCGCAUGUUCUUCACCGAGCUGGCUACCAAGGAUAACGCCGUGUACAACCACUUCGUCGACAUGUUCAGUCUACUAAGUGCUGAGAAAAACCUGGAGGAGGCCUCUCUGCGCCGCAUCGUCAAGUUCCUGAUUGGUUUCGUUGAAAAGGAAAAACACGCUCGCCAAUUGGCUGAUAAGUUGGCUGCGAGACUUCCUCGUUGCGAGACCGAGCGCCAGUGGAACGAUGUUGCGUAUGCCUUGUCCUUGCUUCCGCAUAAGAAUGAGGAAAUUGCGAAGACUGUUACGGCAGGUUUUACGAAGGUUGUUAGCGCGGCUGCCUAG